CGUUUUUCAGUAAUGACGUUAGGAAAGCAGAUUUGGGAACUUCCUUAAACGUUUGAAAACGUUCACUUAACGUUAAAUUUUGUGCGCUCUCGUUGACAAAAGGAUAGGAUAUAACAUCACGGAUUUACAGAUCUUGUCAGUCACCAUGGUGUAGGGGUGACUUAAGAAUCAGGUGAAUUUAUCAAGAUCCCAUCCACUAAAGUGUGAGGUUGCUGCUAUUUGUGAAUUAUGAUCAACAAUCAAAAUGAGGAUCACUUACACGGGGCAGCUUUUCCUCAUGUCUCUCUACUUUACAGUGCUUAACACAAUCCCUGCUCCUGUCAACUUUACAAUAUUGUCUCAUAACUUCAAGCACAUUUUACAGUGGAGCCCUGGAAUAAAUUCUCCUCCACAGACUGUUUUCAAUGUAAAUCGAAGCUGUUCUUCCAGAAAACCUCAACGUCUGCGACUGAACGUAAGAAAUAUGACAGUAGAUGUCUCUGAAACAUUUAAAGACAUCUAUACAUUCUGCACAUUCUUUCUUUGGGCAUCGAUUGACAACAUGACAUCAUCGAUAGUUAAUAAAAGCAUUACACCAUAUGAAGACACAAUCAUAGGUCCACCCAUUAUAUUUCUGUCUGGCUGUGGACACUGUCUGAAUAUCAGCAUCUCUGUACCCAGUGAAUCAAGUAAAGUAGAUCAGCUGCAUCCGUUUUAUAAUUCUGUGUCCUUCGAUAUAAGUUGGAAGAAAGCUGGACAGAAUGACGCCAACCAGAUCUAUACGUCAAGUAAACAGUAUGUCCUGCAGAAUCUUCAGCCUGGUAAUAAGUACUGUGUUAAAGUACUUCCCCAAACCAAUUCCAACCGCAACACUCAACCGUCUGCUUGGCAGUGUGAAUACACUAGUAAAGAGGAGCCAAGAGGAAUGCUCUAUUUAAUGAGUUGGUCACUGGGAGCGGCAGUGUCAGGUUUAGGUGUGCUGGUGCUUGCUUUGAGUCUGGUUUACACUGGAUCUAUAUGUAAACCCAAGUCCACUCUUCUUAAAUCACUGGGUAACAUCACUGAAAUGUACUAUCUGAUUCCUGAACAGAUAUUAUAUGAGAGAGUAUCACUGACUGAGUCACAGUUAAUCAGUGUAUCUAAAAAUCAUCCCACCAAAAACAACAACCCACUGAAUGCAGAGGAAGAUCCAGAAGGCAAGCAAAUUGAAGACGAGGAAAACUAUGUCAACAAGGCAGAUACAGAGGAUGAGGAAGAAGAUGAAGGCAACUGCAACUACAUGGAUUGUGUAACUGACAGCAGUGGUUGGGAAACUAAUAAUAGAGAAGAGAAGGCUAUAGUUUCAAUUUCGACCCUCCAUAACAGUUCAGGGAUCUACCAUACAAAAGAAGUAGCCAUGGAACAAAUCCAUCAUGAUGAGUUUGAUUGUAAAAAGCUAUUUGUAUUAGACAUGUCUGAAGAUAGAAGCAGCCAUCCUGAAGUCAAAAUGAAGUUACAAUCGAAGGGGAAUCAAGAUGUUGCAGCGGAUGUCUCGGGGAACAUCAACUUGUUUUCAGUCACUUUGAGGGCUCUGGGACCAGAGGAUGAUUUGGAUGAGGAGGAGGUCUGUAACCCUCUGCUACCCAAGUUAGUGGGAAGUGAGGUUCAAGAAUUAUCGACAUCUCACAUCAGUCUCCUGGAGAGACAGAAAAAAAACCCACAGCUUUGUGCACCCACACAGAAAGAAAUGAAAACAGACGAUCCAAUGCAAGUGGAAAGCCAAGACCUCCUUUCUCUAUGUUCUUCUGAUUUGGACAUGAGGACUGAGCAUGACACAACAUCAGAAUAUAUGGUGACUCAUAUAGGAAACAUGCAUGAACAGAACAGGUCAGAGGAGACAGACUGCGAUACAGACUAUAUGUCACGGUAAAGACGACAAUAUGUUGUCAUGUCAACAAUAUUAAAGACAUGUUGAACAUGUUCACAAUUAGGGCUGGACAAUAAUUCACUUGGUGAG